UGUAGUCCCCUCCCGGUGGUCGUAGAGAGAAUCUUUGAUCUCUCUUAUAUAUAAACAGAGUUCCCCACAACUUUCUCAUUCUCCGUUUAGCUCCAGUUUUACGCGUUUUCUUCCUCAAGGCCGAGGAUUCGUGAUUCGCUCCUAUUCCUCAGGUCAUCUUGAUCAAUUUUAUUUACGAUUCAUAAAGCAUCGUGUUCUGAACUUUUUGAUUCCGUAGUAUCAUGGCCGAGGAGGGUCACAAGGUUACCUUGAAUGUUUAUGACCUUAGCCAAGGACUAGCUCGGCAGCUUUCCACGUCUUUUUUGGGGAAGGCUAUUGAGGGUGUAUGGCACACCGGGGUUGUUGUUUACGGUAAUGAAUACUACUUUGGGGGAGGCAUACAACAUGCUCCUGCUGGAUUGACACCAUAUGGUACACCAAUGAGGGUUGUAGAAUUGGGAGUUACGCAUGUGCCAAAGGAAGUAUUUGAAAUGUAUCUUCAGGAAAUAAGCCCUCGAUAUACUGCUGAAACAUAUAGCUUGCUCACAAACAAUUGCAAUAACUUUAGCAAUGAUGUUGCUCAGUUUUUGGUUGGUGCAACCAUUCCAGACUACAUUCUUCAGCUUCCUAACGAAGUCAUGAGUAGUCCAAUGGGAGCUCUUAUUUUGCCCAUGAUACAGAAUCUGGAGACAACAAUGAAAUCUGGUGCUGUUCCCCAAGUCCCACAAUUUAGGCCUUCGAUGGGGCAGUCUUCGCGACCCACCACAAACAUCAAAGCGAGUGAUAACAAAGUGAAAUCUGAAGAGAAACGGUCCAAGUCCGAGAAGCCAAGGACACCCGAAAACACAGUGCCACAUGCUGUCAACGUUGCAAAGGAGAAGUCUGCAAUCAAUGGGAUCGCGGGAGACCCUCUUGGGAAUGCUCGGAGCAAGGUGCAGGAGGAGAUAAGCAAUGAAUUCGCUGCAAUCAUGGCAACAGGGACAUUGCGUGCAAGUGAGGCAGCUGCGCUUGCAACAAGAAGAGUUAUGCAAAGAUAUCAGAAUGUCAAUGCAGCAAUGCCCCAGAGUUAGUAUCUGGAGGAAACAAUAUUCUUUUCAAGAGUACUACUGUUAAUUUCUCUAUUGCGGGUCUACAAGAAGACCCAUUAUCUAUAUCGACAUUUUAUGGUUUGACUCGAUUAAGUUGUGCCCAAAUUGUGGGCAUCUAAAUUUAAGCUUGUUUUUAU